ACAAUUUCCAGCAGAGAGUUCUUCAGAUCUUACCAAUAAUCGAGAGAGCAAUGACAAUUCAUCAUCUUCGUUGGCUGAAGAUCGAAAUCAUGAUAUUCAUGUCAUCGAAGCCAGUGUUGCGGUAGCAACUUAUACGGCCCCAAAAAUUGUGAAAUUAGAUGGAUACAACAAAGAGGAAAUUGCUGCCACCCUUAUUCAAUCAUAUUACAGGGGAUAUCUGGCAAGACGUGCUUUGCGUGCCCUGAGGGGAUUGGUGAAGCUGCAAGCGCUAGUGAGGGGGCAUAGUGUGCGGAAACAAGCGCAAAUAACAAUGAGAUGUAUGCAAGCAUUAGUACGGGUACAGUCAAAAGUACGUGCACGAAGACUCCAGUUGCUGCAGAGCAAAGUGGAAGAAGUAAAAUUGCACUCGAUUAUUAGAGAAGACCAGCACAAGAACAAGAGCCUGUCUAACAAACAAGAGACAGAAGGCUGGGAUAACAGGAACCAAAGCAUUGAAAAGAUCCUACAAAACACUAGAAGAAAACAACACGCUUAUCAGCAACAACAGAAAUGGUUGCACUCUGAUCCAGAUGAUGAUGAAGAAUGUUUUUGCAAUGAGCAUGAAAAUCCACAACAAAGUUGGAAUUGGCUUGAUAGAUGGAUGGCUUCUCAACAUGCUGUGCGACGAGAAGGCUCCUAUGUGUCAUUGUCCAUCACAGAUGACAUAUCAGAGAAGACAGUAGAAUUGGACCCAUUGGGCUCAGAAGAUGUCAACUUAGCCCAUCACAUUCUCAGUCCAGUUGAAAGAAGCCCAUAUUCAUCCACUCAGUCCAACAUGGAUUCUGUCCCUAGCUACAUGGCUCCAACUAAAUCUGCAAAAGCAAAAAUAAGAAGCCCAGGCCCAAUAAAACCUAAAAGCCCACCAGGAGUGGCCCAAUGGAAUGCAACACCGAAGAAGGUGACAGCCCGUAGGUGGAGCUAUGAUUCAUCUGCGAGAAGCCCAAACCCAAAAACUUCUGCUAAAUGGAUGGCAACCUAUAGCCCAGAAACACGUGUACACGACAGGGCCUCACCUAUGGGAGCCCCUGCUUGCAGAUAUAAUUAUAAUUAGAUAUUCUUGCACAAGUUCAAAUAAAUGGUUAUUUUAAAUAUGCAAAUGUUAUGACAUAAUUAUAUAUGUUCAGUACACUAGAAAUAAAUCUUCAUUUUCUUCUUGAUUUCAAAGGCUUAAUGUCACGUUUCUCACUU